UUUCUUGACGGCGGUCGAGACAACUGCUGCCGGUGCUUGCGCGGUAUGUUCAGUUUCACGAGAGUUUCAGCGACGAGUGUUGACAAGGAGUGUGCAGCCGGGUGUUAACCCUAAGAUGUACGAUUUCACCACCGUCGGCUUGACCGUUGCGUAGAAGGAGUAGCACACGAUCGACCCUUGUUGUCGCUACGAUAGUUGUCGCUACGAUACAUAGUAUCCGCCUCAGCUUCCAGCCGACCGCGCUUUGGAUAUUUCGGGGAAAAUGUUGUCAUGUCAGAUGAGAGGGGACGUGCGUGGCUUGUGAUAAACUUACGAACAAUUUCAACCCUAAGCGGGCCCGUUCGCGUCACAGGCGUGACCUGCCACUCCCUCCUCUCGCGCCCAUCCAUGCCCGCGAGCAGUCAAUCGCCUCCUCCUCGUUCCCCCCUUCCCCGUCGUGCAUCGGAAAGCCCUGCGAGGGACGCUGGAGUCAAGGGCAUCACCAGAAAAGUCAUCAGAACGCUGGAGGGGCUCGGCCACCUCGAUCCUGCUCCAGAAGCAGAAAUGGAGGACGAAUACGACGACGAAUCAGAAGUUGCCGCCGCGCUCGACUCUGAUGAAAAGAGAGUGGGGAAGCAACGGGCAUCCGAGGUGCCUGAGGUAAAAAAGAAGAUUGAUUGGGAGAUUCCGAGGAAGGUGUUCCAUUCGUCGAUUGGAUUCAUUACUCUCUGGCUGUACUUGACCCCAAGCAUGUCCCCACGCAUCGUCGCCAUCGCCCUAUGGGCGGCGCUUGCCAUCAUUGCUCCAAUAGACUUUGUUCGGCUGCGAUCACCAGCUGUGGAGCGCGUCUACGAGCGAGCCGUAGGGUUCCUCAUGCGCGAAAGCGAGCGUCACGGCACCAACGGGACUAUCUGGUACAUGCUGGGCGUCAACUUCGCCCUCACAUUCUAUCCGAUAGAUGUCGCCACAGUGUCUAUUCUGAUCCUCUCUUGGGCAGAUACAGCUGCAUCCACCAUUGGACGGAUGUACGGGCCGCGGACGGCGCCGGUCCCCACCAGCGCGUCUCUUUCGUGGCUACCCAGUUGGAUCUGGGUGCCUGGGUUCCUUCUUGCACCUCAAGUGAAGGAGAACACCACACGCAGAUUGCGUCUCCCUUUCGCUCCGCGCAAGAGCACUGCUGGGUUCACAGCAGCCUGCGUUACCGGUGCUCUCGUCGCGCUGAUGUUCUGGGUCGGAAUCGCGGGCAGCGCUCCAUUCAUUGGACCUAUCCCGGGUGUGGCAGAAAUGCGCGCUGUAGCCGAGGGUGCUGACGGGAUCCAUGAUUACCAUUCCCAGUACUCGAUUGCUGGACAGUAUCUACGAAGCGAGCACGGUCGUUGGUUGCGUGAAUGGGUGCCUGAGGGUAUCAUCGGGAUCGUGGCCGGUGCUGGUGCGCAGACGACUCCGGCGAGAUUCAACGUUGGUGGAUGGAUCGGCUUAGCUGCGACUGUGACGUGCGCUGGAAUCGUCAGUGGCGUCGCAGAGGCUUUAGACGUCGGUGGAAUGGACGACAACCUCACCUUACCCAUCAUCUCGGGUGCCGCGCUCAUGCUCUUCUUCCGUGUCUGGGGCUGGGCAGUGGGCGCCUGAACUAGACUUGGCAGAUACCCUAGAUCUCAUUGGCGCAUCUCGUCAUAUCUCUACACUACUCGCAACUUACGACCUCCGCCCCGCGCGGCUCUUGACGCUAUACCUUGCUACGUUUACACGAUUAAUGAUGUCUUUGCUCUCUGGGCGAGCAAGUGAAAAUUGAACUGGGAAGGACUUGGAAAGGGGCAUUCUGUCAGGGAAAAGUAGUUAUCCAGCUGGUCCGGUAAACGUUGCCCGCCAGGACUUCGACUUUUCCUAGUCCUUUGCGAAGUGGCAGCGUUCUGGGUCCAAUUAUUCAAGUAUGGGGUACCUCAAGGCCGGGUAUAUGUAUACGCCCAAGAUCUUGGAGACACCCAUACUACUCGCCUUCGCACCCUGUUUUGAAAACUUGAAGGUUCUUAUGUGCAAACGGAGGGAACCAGUCGUCUCAGGAACGAUCAGCUACGACACUGUGCUAGCGCUUUUGAACGAGAUCAAGGAGGAACUGCCGGACGGAGAGGAUUGACCUCGAUGAUGGUUCCCGACGGCUACUUUGGGACACAGAAGCAACUGGAUGCUCGGAGCGAAAAACGGAGACGCGCCCCAGAUACGGAAGAAGACGAGUCAGAUGACGAUGAACCAGUUGGUAGUCCUCCCGCUGCUGCAAAGUAUCAGCGGUUGGGCGGCGCCAAGCGUGCAGCUACUUCGAUUGCCUACUUGCGGCAGCGAGAGCCUCCUGUUCCGUGGGCAGCCGCCGUGGCUGCCGUCGCUGUACCCCAGAUCUUCGAUGAUGAGGCUGAGUAAGCUGAGUGCCACUUUUCAAAUAUGUAACUCCUGUAUCAUACAUCAUUCCCGGCUUAACGAUCAUAUGUUCCAUUGCAAUCGAUAUCAUCUCUGCAGCAAACCAUGCAAGAUCUGUG